AUGCCUAAUGAUCAUAAAGCUGUGGUGGCAGUUCCUGAGUAUGUUCUAAGCGAAAAGCCUGAAUACACAGUUGAGCCACAGAACGCAGCCGUUGAACGAAGCGAUAAGAGACAAUGCACAGAAGUCCACUCUGAUGAUAACGAAUGUCUAGUGAAAAGAGCCAAUACGUGCUCUCACUACCACUUUAGUCUACCUCACAUGGACCUUUCGCUGAGGCUAGGAUUGACGCUGUUUUCGUACCUUCCAGUUUUGAUAGGAAGGUUGAGCCACACUACACCACUGACUCUUCAUGGUGUUGCAAUGUACCCAUUAGCUGCGGGCCUGGAGCUCGAGCAUGAGAGGAUGAUAUGUUUGCAGCCACAGAGUGGAGAGGUGGUUACCACCGAAGAUCCUUCGUGCUUUGACUGGAUUCGGUCUAAACAUCGGUUUUUCACUUUAGAAGAUGGAGUCGAGCUUCUUGGAAUGAAGUCAGAAAAGGGAGAGUGGCUAUUUGAGUUUCAGCCUGAAGGUGACUUGAUAGCUGUGAAUAACGAUGGACAUGACUAUGUGGUUCCUGGCGAUAUCAUCCAGGGCGUGUACCCAGAUGCAAAUAACGACGAUAAUCCGUGUUUCCAGCACUUUGCAGUUUCACGCAAGAACGUUUAUCUACUCAUGUCUGAUUGUUUGUUGACCAUAGCGCUUGAGGAACUAGCCAGUGCUGAAAUGCCGGUAAAGAGAAUGAGACUUUCGCCAGUGAUGGGUGCCCCUCGAGACCCAAUUGCUGAAGAUGACGUUAUGUCGUUUGUAAGGUGGAGAACUAUAUGUUUGAUGCAUAAUGAUAGAAUGAUGCACUGGGAGUUGCCCAAGUCUAUUGUUCGCCAUGUCAGGUAUAAGAAGCUGCCGAACUUGAUCACCCUUGUGGUGAUGACCACGAAAGCUAUUGUGCUCCGAGACUUUUCACCCAAAGAGCUUCAAUGGGAAGGAGACAGUAUAUCGAUUCCUCGAAAGAAGUACGAUAACGGUCUUCCCAUGCUCUUUAUUUACAAAGACGUUGUGAUUGCUGAAGAGGAUAUUGGAUGCUUUUUGGCUAUCGAUCUCAAAAGCAGACGUACUGAGCGGUUCCAAUGCCAGUUCAUGUCGUCGUCGCUCAGUCCAUUUCCAUUCAGGAUGUUCAAUGACAAUUUAGGUUCGUUCUACUUAUCCCUGGACGAAACCACAUGGGUUUUCAAAUAA